GUGUUUUGCUCUUCCUCGUCUUCUUCUUCUUCCCGAUGCUCUGCCUCCCGAAAGUUCCCCCCAAAGCCUCUGAAGCUUCCCCCUUGAGAACCGAUGAAAGGCUUGAAAUUUCCCUUUCCUUCUUGCUCAAAAAACCAAGUUUCAGGCCUAGAACACUCUCCUAAACCCAGAAAUUUUCCAGAUCUGCGCUGUCUUCUUCCCCUCUGUCCGCCGGCCUCUGCUGUGUGGGGUUGGGUUCGGUUUUCUGGUAAGAUUCAGCCAUGAAUUCCUCUCUUUAACUUUGAUUUAGGUUGGGUCUACUUAAUUUCUUUGUUCUUCAAUUUUGGGUAGCACCGUGAGUCUCCCCUGCAGAUUUGCCGCUGCCCUCUUUCCCCCGCCAGGUCCGGUUCUGCAGCUGGAAAAUUUUGGGUUCCUGAUCGUUCUGUCAACUUAGCACUGAGAUCGAGCCUUUGGUUUUAAGCGAGUGAGGUAAGUAAAUCGUGGUAAUGCCCUUAAAUUUUCGAAGCAUAUUUUAACUGUUUUCUGAGAUGGUGGCGAGGUUUAAAUGGAUUUAUUCGCAUUUGAGCAUGAUUAAAAAGGGAAAUUAAACUUUUAUCAUUUUCCUUAUUUUCUAAAAAUUAAGCAUGCCCACAUGAGAUCCUUUUGAUUUAUUCUUGAAAGUGAGAACGAUUGUGAAUUUCGGUUUUGUUUGUAAAGUUUGCUUGGAUUUGUCUCCAAUAUGGUCGUGAUAAUCGUGUGCCCGCUAGUGGGAGGUUUAUAAACGCUAGCACAUGUCGACAUGUUAGUGAUAGAAUCGGUUCGCUCGUGGCCCUACUAGUGGGGAUUAUACACUAGUAAUUUCUGUAGCCUGCCAGUGGGAGGUUUAUAACACUGGCCAUGACUAAUAGAGGAGACCACUACGUGAUUUUACCUUGCAUUUAUGGUUUGUUAUUGAAACGCUCUGUUUAUGUUUUAACCGAUUAUUUGGCAUGCUUUAAAUUUUGAUUUCGGGCACCCAUGUUUACUUACUGAGAUAUUUUAUCUCACGAUUUCCUUGUCCACCAUUUCAGGUAGUGAGACCCGACGCGUGGGAAGCCCGGGGGAGUGACGAGCUAGACGGCUAGGCACUUUUGGACUUAGGUUUUUGUAGCUAAGCCGUUAGUCACCCAUGCUUGACAUAGAAAAUUUUGUGUACAGAAUUUAGUGCUAGUCAUGACUGUAUAUAUGAAAUGAUAAAUCUUGUACAUCUGACUGGUAAAGAUUUGGUAAUUAAAAAGGCUUAGAUCUGAAUUACCU